AUGAAGAAAAGAAUAACUUCUAUCAAUAUUAAUAAAACUAAGAAGCCCAAGGUCGAAAAGGAUGUGGAAGAGUUCACUGCUGGAGAUGACUGUGAUGAAGAAACCGCAUUAGCAGAAUUUGCAAAUCCUGUUCCAUGGCAGAAAAUAGAGGCAGAAGGAUUUGACUGCGAUUAUGCACUGUUAUUCCCCAAAGAAGAGGCUGAUAUCCUUUUCAGAAAACUGGAGGAGGAAGUAGAGUAUGCAACAGGAAAAGAAGCACAAGUUCAAGUAUUUGGAAAAGUUUAUAACAUUCCAAGAAAGCAGGCGACAUAUGGCGAUGCUGGCCUUGCCUACACUUACUCUGGAGUUAAACGUUUCGCCUGCCCCUGGACCCCAACUUUGGAACACAUCAGGGAAGCGACCACUAAAAGCACAGGACAGACUUUCAACUUUGUCUUAGUAAACAGGUAUAAAGAUGGUUUGGACCACAUGGGUGAGCACAGGGAUGAUGAGAAAGAGCUGGAUCCACUAUGUCCAAUAGCCUCUCUAUCUUUUGGAGCGGUGCGGGACUUUAUUUUCAGGCACAAAGACUCCAGAGGGAAAAACAGCCAACAAUACAUCGAACCAGUGAAGUUGGAGCUUGCUCACGGCAGCCUCCUCCUCAUGAACCCACCCACUAACACGUAUUGGUACCACAGUUUACCCAUUCGCAAGAAGGUGACUACCCCACGCAUUAAUCUGACAUUUAGGCGGAUUGUCAUGAGAGGUAAAAAGUGUAUUACUUAA